CGACGCUGUCAACUAGACAUAUAUUAGUUUGCUAGCUGGCUAGCGCUGAAUGGCUUGACAUAAACAUUUCCUUGUGUGUCUUUACCCUUUGGCUUUUUACCCUGUUGAGGUCAGAUAUAGUUAACACGGAAGACACUGAAAACUAGACCGAGUAGCCUCUGCCCCAUAACUGCACCCCUGACACUGUCACCUUUGCACUUGCAGUAGAUCUUGCAAGCUAGUUUUGUCAUGAAUUACCUUGACUAGACUCGAUUAGCAAAACAAAACAGGCUGUCUAGACUAGACUUCUUUAAGACGCGCUGUUGUCAACUGUCUGCAGAGUGACGAAGGCGAGGAAGACUGCGAAUCCUCUCGCUGCACCAUGAAGGAGUGGUGGUUACAUGUGGGCUUGAUUUGCGUGCCGCUGGUGGCGGUGUACUUGCACGUCCCACCGCCACAAUUGUCUCCAGCAUUGCAGACCUGGCGUUCGACCGGAGACCUCUUUGCUUUCAGAGGCAGUCAUAUAUUUUAUAGAGAGUCUUUUGGAGCUCGUGGAAGCUCAGAUGUUGUCAUACUAUUACAUGGGUUUCCCACUUCAAGUUAUGAUUGGUAUAAGAUUUGGGAAGCUUUGAAUCAGCGUUUCAACAGGGUGAUAGCACUAGACUUCUUGGGUUUUGGCUUCAGUGAUAAACCUAGGCCCCACAGAUACUCCAUCUUUGAACAAGCAACCAUCGUGGAGGCACUGGUCACUCACCUUGGCCUGGCUGACCACAAAAUCAACAUUCUGUCCCAUGACUAUGGAGACACUGUAGCACUGGAAUUACUCUACAGGAGUGAACACAAUCGAACAGGACACCUGGCAAUUAAAAGUUUAUGCCUCUCCAAUGGAGGGAUAUUCCCAGAGACGCAUCACCCCAGAUUUCUGCAGAAGGUGCUGAAGGACGGUGGCAUUAUAACCCCAGUGCUCACUCGUCUCAUGAACUACAUGCUCUUCUCUCGAGGCAUAGGAGAGGUGUUUGGGCCCUUCACCCAGCCCACCGAUGCAGAGUACUGGGACAUGUGGACAGGCAUCCGCUUCAAGGAUGGGAAUCUCGUCAUGGACAGUAUCCUGCAGUUCAUUAACCAGAGACUCAAACACCGAGACCGAUGGGUGGGGGCUCUCACGUCAACACACGUCCCUGUUCACAUGAUCUACGGUCCACUGGAUCCAGUCAAUCCCCACCCCCAGUUCAUCCGGCACUACCACAAAAUGGUUCAGAGAUCCACAGUGUCCGUCCUGGACGAGCACAUCAGCCACUACCCACAACUAGAGGACCCCACAGGGUUCAUGAACGCAUAUCUCAACUUCAUCAACUCCUUUUGAGGGUCGGGAUUAUUUAGCCACAAGUGGAUUUGACUCCGACAGACUCCUGUCCUGUGCAAAUCCUCAGUGCUUUGCUGGAAAUGCAGACCACUGCACAACACUGCUGUGGCUGUAGUGACGUGACUCCACCAACAAUAAAGCCACAUGCUGCUCUCAGUGGCUAAUACAGACAUCUCACCAGCUGGGUGAUAUCACAGUGGGCAAUUAUGUAAAUGUUUUCACAGUAGGCCAGCAGACUUAUUUUUAAACAGGGAAAUGAAUGUGAAAGCCUUCUAACCGAACACGAAUAACUAAUGGGCCAAAAAUGCAUGUGGUGUUAUCAUAAUUCUAAUGAAUAAGGAUGAGCAGCUCAGGCAGACUCACUUUUGUUCCCUAACAGCGUGUAUGCCCACUGUGAUGUGGCUAAUGUACAAAUGUUUUGAUGAUGCCUUUUAUUAAAACAUAUUUUUUAAAAAUG